CAGCCUUCACCACCCUUAGACUAACACCUGCAGAAACCCCAAAAGAGAGAGACGGCAAAGAAAGCUCUAGACGAUGGCUACUGUCGCUGCCGAGAUGAAGAAGACCAAGUACGAUCGCCAGCUCAGGAUCUGGGGAGAACAAGGGCAAACAGCAUUGGAGAAUGCUAACAUAUGCUUGCUUAAUUGUGGCCCUACUGGUUCUGAAGCUUUGAAGAAUCUAGUUCUUGGUGGCAUUGGGAGUAUAACAGUUGUUGAUGGGUCCAAAGUUGAAAUACAUGAUCUUGGAAAUAAUUUUUUAUUGGAUGAAGAUAAGCUUGGACAACCAAAGGCAAAAUGUGUAUGCUCAUUUCUGCUAGAGUUAAAUGAUGCUGUUAAAGCUAAGUUCGUGGAGGAGGCUCCAGAAGAUUUAAUAGAGAAUAAUCCUUCUUUUUUUGCUGAAUUUACCUUAGUGAUAGCAACCCAGCUAAUGGAAACUUCAUUAAUAAAGCUGGAUAAGAUCUGUAGGGAAGCAAAUAUCAUGUUGGUCAUUGCUCGGUCUUAUGGUCUUACAGGAAUGGUUAGAAUAAGCAUGAAGGAACACACCAUAAUUGAGUCAAAACCUGAUCAUUUUCUAGAUGACCUCCGUCUUCACAAUCCUUGGCCUGAGCUCAUAGAGUUCUCAAAAACAAUUGACUUAAGUGUGACAGAUCCUGUUAUACACAAACAUACACCAUAUGUAGUUAUUCUUAUUAACCUUGCAGAAAAAUGGGCCAAAGAACAUGAUGGAUGCUUGCCGUCUACUAGACAAGAAAAGAGAGAUUUUAAGGACUUCAUAAAAGCCCAUAUGCUUAAUAUGGAUGAAGAAAACUAUAAAGAAGCUCUUGAAGCCUCAUUCAAGGUGUCAAUUUCUCGAGGAAUAAGUUCUGAUCUGCUUCAAAUCGUGAAUGAUAGUGCUACUGAAGUUGAUUCAAAAUCCUCAGAUUUCUGGGUUUUGGUUGCAGCUCUGAAGGAGUUUAUUGAGAAUGAAGGUGAUGGAGAGCCACCUCUUGAGGGAUCAAUACCUGAUAUGACAUCGUCAACUGAAUGCUAUGUCAUCCUGCAAAAAAUCUAUCAAGCUAAAGCUGAGUCUGAUUGUCUUGCAAUGGAGCAGCGAGUGAAGAACAUUCUAAAGAGGGUUGGAAGAGAUCCUGAUGCUAUUUCAAAGGCAUAUGUUAAGAACUUCUGUAAAAAUGCUAGAAAAAUCACUAUAUGCAGGUAUCGGCACAUCGAGGAUGAGUUUACAUCUCCUUGUCUACCAGAGUUGCAGAAGUGCUUAAAUGAUGAGGACUAUAGUUAUGCUGUCGGCUUCUACAUCUUGCUUCGAGCUGUUGACCGGUUUGCUGCCAAUUGUAAUAGACUUCCUGGGAUUUUUGAUAGUGGACUAAAUGAGGAGAUUUCACGACUGAAGCUCAUUGCAGUUGGUAUCCUAAGCGAAUUGGGAUUAAAUGGACCAACAUUAUCUGAGGAUCUGGUCACUGAAAUGUGCAGAUUUGGAGGGGCAGAGCUUCAUCCGGUUGCUGCUUUCAUAGGGGGAGUAGCUUCUCAAGAAGUAAUUAAGCUUGUCACAAAACAAUUUGUCCCAUUAAAGGGGACGUUCAUGUUCAAUGGAAUCGAUCACAAGUCACAGGUGUUGGUCUUGUAGUUGUGAUUUUCUUGUGAAUACAAGUAUUUUGGCUUUGUUUCAACAGAUGCUUCGCGAUGUAUUUGGACCAUAUUCUUUUUCGGUCCCCAACUUCUCCUUGUAUCCAUGGCAUUGGCAUUUGCGAUACAAUCCUCGGCUUGGCACAAACUUAUGAGUAGCUUGCUGAAGUUCUAAGGUUUAAAA